CGGAGCCUCCCGUCGGAGCCGUAAGUGUGACAUCAUCACCAUGAGCCUGAGCACCAGUGACCUCACCGAGCUCCUGGAGCUGUGGGAGGAGCUAAACCUGACCGCCGCCGACAACCUGUCCCACGUGGAGGCGCUGUUGUGCUUGGGAGCCGUCAGCCACGCCUCAUUCCUGCACGUCCUCUCCGUCCUCUACGUCUUCAUCUUCCUGGUGGGCCUCGCCGCCAACGCCCUGGUGGUGUGGGUCAACUUGUGCUCCGUCAGGAACCGCUAUGAGACUCACCUGUACGUGCUGAACCUGGCGGUGGCCGACCUGUGCACGGUGGCCACGCUGCCAGUGUGGGUAGCGUCGCUGCCAGGCGGGCACUGGCCGUUCGGAGACACCGUCUGCAGACUCACCCACCUGGUCUUCAGCGUCAACCUCUUCAGCAGCAUCUUCUUCCUCACCUGCAUGAGCGUGGACCGCUACCUGUCCGUCACGCUGUUCGCCGACGCCCCCGACAGCCGGAGGAAGAAGGUGGUGCGGCGGCUGAUCUGCGUCCUGGUGUGGCUGCUGGCGCUGGCAGCCUCUGUCCCUGACGCCUACUUCCUGCAGGUGGUCAAGUCGUCGCACCACGAAGGCACCGUCUGUCGGCCGGUGUACCCGGCGGACAACCCUCGAGAUUGGAUGGUGGGCAUCCAACUAAGUUUCAUCACGCUUGGCUUCGCCAUCCCUCUCCCCGUCAUCGCCAUCUUCUACCUGCUCGUGGCGGCAGCGAUACCCCCCAGCUCGGAUCAGGAGCGCCGCGUCAGCCGCCACAUCAUCCUCACCUACAUCGUGGUCUUCCUGGUGUGCUGGCUACCGUUCCAUGCCGUCCUCCUGCUGGACACGCUGUCGCUGCUCGGCGUCCUGCCAUUCAGCUGCCGGCUGGAGAACUUCCUGGAUGUGGCGUUGCACCUGACGCAGUGCUUCUCGCUGGUCCACUGCUGCAUCAACCCUGUCCUCUACAACUUCCUCAACAGAAACUACCGCUACGACCUCAUGAAGGCUUUCAUCUUCAAGUACUCCACCAAGACCGGGCUCGCCAGGCUCAUCGACAGCUCUCAGGCCUCCGAGACCGAGUACUCUGCGGUGAUGACAAUGGACAACAGCGUCCUGACGUGA